AAGAUUAUAAUUACAGUUCGUACUGAUAUUCAAUAAACUUACGGCUAGCUCUGAAAUGUACAUUGUCCACCCAUAUUGAUUGCUUUCUUAGCAUCUUUUCUUGCCCAUGCUUUCCUACCCAGGAUAGUUCCCCCUUAAAAUCAGGCUUUUUCUUCCUCAAUCGUGGGAACCACAAACUCAACGUUUUCUAUAAAUCGACCAUUCUUUUCCCUCCCUAAAAUCAUAAAAGUCGACCCUUUAACUUCCUACCAAUCCUGAGAAAGAGAGAGAAUGGAAGGCUCAUCUUCACGCCAUGGACUGGCGAUCCUGCUAAUUAUCCUUCAAUUCACUACCUACACAGCCUUAAGCUCAGCUGAUACACCAUUUCACAGCCAAAGGAACAUCGAAUACAUCAAAUCUUCUUGCAGCACCACAACUUACCCCAGAUUGUGCUACCGCUCCCUCUCAAUCUAUGCAAGCAAAAUUAACACCAGCCCCAGAUUGUUAGUCCAUACUGCGCUCAACGUAACCCUCAAAGCCAGCAAGUCAACUUCAAGGUUGAUGAUAAAGAUCUCAAGAAUCCAUGGUUUGAGGCCUAGGGUAGCUGCAGCCAUGGCAGAUUGCAUUGAGGUAAUUGGUGACUCUGUAGAUGAGCUGCAACAGUCUAUAGGGGAACUUGGUCACAUUAGACGCUCAAAUUUUUCCCUUACAAUGAGUGAUAUUCAAACCUGGGUUAGCGCAGCGCUGACAGAUGAGGAUACUUGCAUGGAUGGAUUUGCAGGCAAGGCCAUGAAUGGAUAUGCAAAAACUAUGGUAAGAAAACGAAUUGUUAAAAUUGCACAUUUGACAAGCAAUGCCCUGGUUCUCAUCAACAACUAUGCCUCAACUGAAAGUAACUUACCUUAAUUUCUCCUCAUGUGGAAUACUUCUCAUGAAAGUUUUGAAGAGAAGUUACUUAAGGAAGCCCUUGUUUUCUUUCUCCUUAUUUGAAUUUCUUAUAGUAACACAGUGAAGAUUAAUAUGUACAGGAUUUAUCUUACUCUGUUUUAGAAUUAUGCAGCUGUUGCUUCAUGUUCAAUUUGCUUUGGGAGUUGUAUGCUUUCAAACAGGGCAAUGAGAAAAUUUUGUCCCAAAGUAAAUUUAGAAGCACAAGUUGAUAGAGUUGUAAGAUAGCAGGAGACUGCAGAUUGUGUUGUGCACUGCAGUUAUUACUGUUUCUUGAUUUCUGUACUGUAUCAAAGGAGUAUGGCACUCUAAAUGUGUGGACUGCUAUGGAAAUGUACUAUAAUGUCAAAAAUCAAGGUCUGCUUUCAAUCUCUUUUCCCA